GUGAUUCAGAGUUUGCACAGUAAGGUUGAAUGGCGUGUUAGUGCUUAGCUUGUUAUUCAUUUAAAAUAAUAAAAUGCCGCGUUCUAAAAAAGUUUCUAAAAAGAUGAUGGAGGAAGAUGAUAAUCUGUCCGAUAGUGACUUUGGUGAAGAUGAAGAUCCUGAUAAAAUUGAAGUACCAGGUGGAGGAAAAGAUUUGGCAGCAGCAGCAGCUCUCAUGGAAACUAGAGAAAAUAAAUUCAAGCAAGAAAGUAAACUCAAGCAAGAAACAACUAUCAAACCCGAUGUUAGAAUGGGACAAAUUCCAAUGGCUAGUUAUAAUCCCAAAAUUGGAAACCCUAUGCAUCCAAGUACUUAUGAUAUGAUGCGUAAUCCUCCAAUGGGUUCCCCUUACGGCAUGGGCAGUGUGGCCGCGAUGGCAAGCAUGCUCAGUAGUUUGGGGGGGCCCAUGAAUAUGGGAUCUAUGUUCUCGCCUCAACCUGCAGCUGGCGCAGGCUUCAACGCUGCACAAUUUCUGCAGCAGAUGGAAAUGGCAGCGUUUGGUAUGGGAAAUCCGUAUGGCAACCCCUUCAUGCAAAAUAUGGCUGCCAUGCUCUAUGGUUCACAAGGUCCCUUACCAUCUUGGGGUGGUCAACUCAGCAGCAAAGCCGUACAGUCACUUUGGAUGAACCAAAUGGAUAAUAAACCUCUGCAUCAUCAGGAGGAGGAAGAAGUGGAUGAUGAAGAAUUGGGAGUAGCUGAAACAUAUGCUGAUUAUAUGCCGUCCAAGUUGAAACUUGGGCGAAAGCACCCCGAUCCUGUAGUAGAAACUGCUUCAUUGUCAUCCGUUGCUCCAGCAGAUGUUUGGUAUAAACUGUCCAUUCCUGAUGAAACAAUAAGAGGUGGUCAUCUCUCUGCUUUGCAGUUGGAAAGCAUAACUUAUGCUUCACAAGCUCAUGAACAUAUUUUACCUGAUGGCUCCAGAGCAGGGUUCUUAAUAGGUGAUGGCGCUGGAGUAGGUAAAGGCCGAACCAUUGCUGGAAUAAUUUUUGAGAAUUAUUUGAAAGGACGCAAAAGAGCUAUUUGGGUAUCAGUAUCAAAUGAUUUGAAAUACGAUGCAGAAAGGGACUUGAAAGACAUUGGAGCAGGCAAAAUCGACGUUCAUGCUCUGAAUAAAUUAAAAUAUGCCAAGAUUUCUUCAGCAGUGAACAACAAUGUUAAAAAAGGAGUGAUAUUUAGUACUUAUUCUGCAUUGAUUGGAGAAAGUAACUCUGCAGGCGGUAAAUAUAAAUCUAGGCUGAAACAAUUACUUCAGUGGUGCGGUCAAGAUUUUGAUGGACUUAUAGUUUUUGAUGAAUGCCACAGAGCAAAAAAUUUGUGUCCGGUAGGAUCAUCAAAACCAACAAAAACUGGUCUGACUGUACUUGAAAUACAAAAUAAAUUGCCGAAGGCUAGAGUAGUCUAUGCUUCAGCUACAGGAGCAUCUGAACCAAGAAAUAUGGCAUACAUGGUUAGGCUAGGAAUGUGGGGCGAGGGAACCCCUUUCAAAGAAUUUGCAGAUUUUAUUUCAGCUGUUGAGAAAAGGGGAGUUGGUGCAAUGGAAAUUGUAGCCAUGGACAUGAAGUUGAGAGGAAUGUAUAUUGCAAGGCAGUUGAGUUUCCAUGGCGUAGCUUUCAAAAUUGAAGAGGUCCCUCUUUCUAAAGAAUUUGGGAAAGUUUAUGAUGCAAGCGUUAAGCUGUGGGUAGAAGCUAUGCAAAAAUUUCAUGAAGCAGCUGAACUUGUUGAUGCAGAGAACCGAAUGCGAAAAACUAUGUGGGGACAGUUCUGGUCGUCACAUCAAAGGUUUUUCAAGUAUCUCUGCAUAGCCGCUAAAGUACCACACGCGGUAGCUGUUGCUCAUGAAGCUAUAAAAAUGGGAAAAUGUGUCGUUAUCGGUUUACAAAGUACAGGAGAAGCUAGGACUUUAGAACAACUAGAGAGGGAUGAAGGAGAAUUAACAGAUUUUGUUUCUACGGCUAAGGGUGUUUUCCAAACAUUGGUUGAAAAACAUUUUCCAGCACCUGAUAGGACUAGGAUUCAAAGAUUACUAGGUUUAGAACCUCCUUCAAAUUCCAAAAAAAUCACUAAUGGCAAUGAUGAAGGAAAUACAUCAUCAGGAAAGCGAAAACCAAGUAGGAAAGGUAGAGUUGUAUCUACCGAGGACGGCGGUAUUCAAUAUGAAAGUCGCUCAGAAACUGAUGUUCCUCUUGAAACACUCAAUUUGACUGAAAAGCAACGUUUCAUGGAUGGAGAAAAAGAUGUCGCCAUCAUUUCAGAAGCUGCGUCUAGUGGUAUAUCAUUGCAGAGUGACCGUCGCGUUAAAAAUCAGAGGCGGAGGGUGCAUAUAACCUUGGAAUUACCUUGGUCAGCUGAUAGAGCCGUCCAGCAGUUUGGAAGAACCCACAGAAGUAACCAAGUUAAUGCCCCCGAAUAUAUUUUCCUCAUUUCUGAUUUGGCUGGAGAAAGAAGGUUCGCUUCUAUUGUAGCAAAAAGAUUAGAGAGCUUGGGUGCUCUAACACAUGGUGAUCGUCGUGCUACAGAGACUCGUGAUCUUAGUCAGUUUAAUAUUGAUAACAAAUAUGGUAGAUCAGCUCUAGAAGCAACGAUGAAAGCCAUCAUGGGAUAUGAACAACCAGUUGUACCUCCGCCGAGAGAUUAUAAAGGAGACUUCUUUAAAGACGUUGCGGCAGCAUUGGUUGGAGUGGGAAUUAUUGUAAAUAGUGAAAGUAUGCCAGGAGUCCUUUCAUUGGACAAGGACUAUAAUAAUAUGUCAAAGUUCCUCAACCGCAUACUUGGUAUGCCGGUCGACUUACAGAAUAGGUUGUUUAGGUAUUUUACUGAUACGUUAGCCGCUAUUGUUACUUCGGCUAAAAGGACUGGAAGAUUUGACCUAGGUAUUUUGGACUUGGGUGCAGGAGGAGAAGUUGUUAAACAAGUACGCACGGUAAUGUUCCUAAGAAAACACGCCACUGGCACUGCUCCCACUGAGUUGCAUACUGUGCACGUGGAGAGAGGUAUGUCAUGGCCAGAAGCCUUAGAGAAACUUUCUGAAUUAGUUGGAGAAAAUGAAGGUUUUUGGUUAUCUCACCAAGUGAGGAAUGGAAAACAUACUGCUAUCCUUGCUGUGGCCGUGGAUGGGGGAGGUAGUGGAGGGGCAAAGGGGAAGAAGGAAAGCAAGAAGGAUAUGAUGUUUUCGGUUUAUAGACCUAAUACUGGUCUCCAGUUCAGACAAGAGAGCCUUGCAGAACUUGAGAAGAAGUAUAAAAAGGUUGAAUCUGCAGAAGCGGAGGAAGCAUGGAUUCAGCAGUAUGAUGCUUCUGUUAAUACAUGUUCACAUGCCUAUUGGCGUGGGAAUUGUCGAAAUGUGUCGGUAGGACAUGAUUGUGAAGUAGGUCUUAGAAGACGUACAUACAAUGUUGUUUCUGGUUCUGUCUUGUCAGUAUGGAGUAGAGUGGAGGGAGUACUUGCAGCCAAAAAUGGGUCUCAUAAUAAAAUGCAGGUCAUUAGGUUGCGGACUAAGGAAGAUCUGAAAAUUGUUGGUACCCUCAUUCCAAAAAAUUGUGUAGAGGCAUUAAUAGAAGCACUUUCGUCUGACGCUGAAAAAACAGAAGAAAAAACAUUUGAUGAUUAGAGACUGAAAAAUGUCUUUGAGACAGAAAAUAUGUCAGUAAUGACCUGAUGUCAUAGAUUAUUACCAUUGUUUAACUUGGCUAUUCUUUGAAGCAUUUUAAUGAUUUAUGACAGCAGGAAGAAAGAAACAUAUACAGUGCAAAAUAGUAUUUUACGGCACUAAAAACUGUUUCAUUAGUGUGAUUUAAGUCAGAUGAUUUUCUUAAGAAAAAAACCCUAUUCGAAACAUUACGAAUAAUGAAGAAAUCUGUGAAAUAGUUUAUUUAGAUAUAAUGUAUUUAUAUGACAAGUAGGAUUUUAUUAAUUGUAUUUUUUGUAUAAUUUUUGUUAGUGUAAAAAUUCGAGAGGAAAGACUUUGUCUUUUUAAAUCACUUUAUUUAAGAAAAAAUCAUGUAUAUUGUUGAUGUGUUCACAGUAAAACUUGUCCUCAGAA